AUGGACCAUGCAUCAGUUGGAAUAGCUCAGGCAAUCAUAUUGAUUCUCAACAAAGCUCCCGAAGUCGUGCACGCUCUUAAGCGAUACAGUCAAGCUAUAACGUGGACUGACUGGCCGGACCAUAUCCGAGCAAAUUCCCGCGACUGGGUGAAGGAUAUUUUAGCUAGGGUCUUCGAAACAGUAUCAGGAAAUGUUGUGCCUGGAGAUCUGUUCAUAAUCGAUCAUAGCCAUUGGGGACGAAAACAAGGUUGCAUAUUGGCUUUGAGCGCUCAUGCCGGACACAGUACUCAACAGUACCUAAAUUGCGUUAUUGUGCUAUUGGCGACUCUUCCUAGGGCCCAGCGAUCCGAAAAAUUGGAAAAAGUUCGAAACCAUCUUGACAAGGGAUUUGAACAUGUCCAUCAUCACUUUUUGGACAAAACUCAAGCUGAAAGAAAUCGAGCUCGUCGAGAGUACGCAAUUUGGCGUGAUGCCCUUUGUGAGGGUAUUCUACGUGCUUCUGGUCUAUUAAACUUAGAUAGCUAUGCGCUUUCUGUUGCAGUCGCGGAUGUAGAUCACUGUCUUAACGGGCUUUUGAAGCGCACUACUGUUACAACCAAGGAUACACUCUUGCUCAUUGAUAGUGGGCAUAGCAAGCAAGAAGCAUUGCCAUCUUUUGCUUUAGGAUUGCGCUUGAGACAUUUCAAAUAUCAUAACAACAUGCAGCACGUACCAGACGUGGUAGCCCGUGCUACCAUAUUGGUUCUCGAUAUACCCCCCAAAGCCGUGCACGCUCUUAAGCGAUACUUACAAGCUAUAUCGUGGACUGACUGGCCGGACCAUAUCCGACCAAAUUUUCGUGACUGGAUGAAAGAUAUCCUAGCUAAAAUUUUCGAAACAAGAACUGGAGGUAUUGUGCUUGUAGAUCUGUUAAUGAUCAAUCAUGGCCAUUGGCUACGUAAACAAGGUUGCGCAUUGGCUUUAAGCGCUGAUACCGGACAUAGUACUCAACAGUACUUGAGUUGCGUGAUCGUACUAUUGGCCACUCUUGGUGAGACCGACCGACAAGAAAGUUUGGCUAUAGUUCGCAAACAUCUUAGUCGUGGAGAUGCUCAUGUCCAACUUCACUUUUCGGACAAAACGCAAGUUGAAAAAGAUCGAUCUCAUCGAGAGUACCAAGCUUGGCGUGAUGCCAUUUGUAUGGGUAUUGGAUAUACUUCCGGUCGUUUAAACUUGGGUAGCGAUGCGCUUGCUGUUCCGGCCACGGAAGUAGACCGCUGCCUUAACGGGCUUUUGAAAGACACUACUGUUACAACCAGGGAUACCCUUUUACUCAUUGAGAAGUAUAAGCUUGAGCCAAUGCUCAAGCUCAGGCGGGGCUAA